AUUAAAUGACCCUCGGACAGGGGAAACCGCCUCCAGCUGUCACACAGGGGUUUUAAACAUGGCGGAGCGCAUGGCCGCACGUUUGGCCGCACAGGAGCGGCAAAUCGAGGCGCUCAGCGAGGAGAUCAGCCGCCUCCGGGAUGCACUCAGCGGCGGCGGCUUUAGUGCCGAGCUCGCGAGCAGCUCUGAGCUCGAGGACCUGCGGAGCGAGAACGAGAAGCUCCGGUACCGGCUCGUGCACCUACAGCGCGCGCUCCGGGCCGAAGUGGAGCUCGAGACGCAGGGCCAGGCCGGCGCGCGCACAGGCCACGAGCACGAGACGAGCACGGGAGAAACGUCAAAAGUAAAUGCACCCCAGAAGCGCACUGAAGUGACAAAGCCUCCAGAGAUCCAAAACUCAACAGACAAGAGCAAGAAGAAGGAGAAAGCCAAAGCACAGGGAGGAGGAAGAGGGGAGCUGAACCCGUGGCCUGGAUAUAUCUCUGAGCGCCUGGAGCUCUAUAAGAGACUGAAGAAGGAGAGUGACGCCAAUCUGGCCAAGCAAGCAGCCAACAGCAAGCCCAUCUCCGUCCAGCUGCCUGAUGGACAAAAAGUGGAGGCUCGAUCCUGGGUCACCACUCCUUAUCAACUUGCGUGCGGUGUCAGUCAGGGUCUGGCCGAUAACUGCGUGGUCGCCCGGGUGGAUGAUGAGUUGUGGGAUUUGGAUCGGCCGCUGGAGAAGGACUGCUCUCUGGAACUGCUGCGCUUCGACAGUGAAGACGCCCAGGCUGUAUACUGGCACUCCAGUGCCCACAUCCUGGGAGAAGCCAUGGAGCGUUUUUAUGGAGGUUGUCUGUGCUAUGGGCCUCCCAUUGAGAACGGUUUCUACUACGACAUGUUCCUGGAUGGACAGACAGGAGUGUCGAGCAUGGAGUUUGGAGAUCUGGAAGCGCUCUGUAAAGGCAUCAUGAAGGACAAGCAGGCGUUCGAGAGGUUGGAGAUUAGUAAGGAAACCCUGCUGGAGAUGUUCAAGUACAACAAGUUUAAAUGUCGUAUCCUGAAUGAAAAAGUAACCACCCCGACCACUACAGUGUACAGAUGUGGCCCUCUCAUUGAUCUGUGCCGAGGCCCUCACGUACGGCAUACAGGCAAGAUCAAGGCACUGAGGAUCUAUAAGAACUCAUCCACGUACUGGGAGGGCCGUUCGGACAUGGAGACGCUCCAGAGAAUCUACGGGAUUUCGUUCCCCGACACAAAGAUGCUGAAGGAGUGGGAGCGCUUUCAGGAAGAGGCCAAGAACCGAGACCACCGAAAAAUUGGAAAGGAUCAGGAGCUGUUCUUCUUUCAUGAUCUGAGUCCAGGCAGCUGUUUUUUCCUCCCUCGUGGAGCCUACAUCUACAACACUCUCACAGAGUUCAUCAGGGAGGAGUAUUGGAGAAGAGGUUUUCAGGAAGUGGCAUCUCCAAAUAUCUACAACAGCAAGCUGUGGGAGACGUCAGGCCACUGGCAGCACUACAGUGACAACAUGUUCUCCUUCCCUGUGGAGCAGGACAUCUUCGCCCUCAAACCUAUGAACUGCCCUGGACACUGUCUGAUGUUCUGUCACCGGCCCCGGUCAUGGAGGGAACUUCCCCUGAGGCUGGCGGAUUUUGGUGUGCUGCAUCGUAAUGAACUCUCAGGGACGCUGACGGGUCUCACUCGCGUCCGUCGUUUCCAGCAGGACGAUGCACACAUCUUCUGCACCAUGGAGCAGAUUGAGUCGGAGAUGAAGGGCUGUCUGGACUUCCUGCGCUGCGUCUACGACGUCUUCGGCUUCUCCUUCCAGUUGCAUCUCUCCACCCGGCCGGAGAAGUUCCUCGGGGACAUUGCCGUGUGGGAUCAGGCUGAAAAGCAACUUGCGAACAGUCUGAAUGAGUUUGGAGAACCGUGGAAGCUAAACCCAGGCGAUGGAGCGUUUUAUGGGCCAAAGAUCGAUAUCAAGAUCAAGGAUGCCAUCGGGCGUUAUCACCAGUGUGCCACCAUCCAGCUGGACUUCCAGCUGCCUAUUCGCUUCAACUUAACGUACAUAGGGAAGGACGGAGAUGACAAAACCAGGCCUGUGAUUAUCCACCGCGCUAUCCUGGGCUCGGUAGAGAGAAUGAUCGCCAUUCUCACAGAAAACUACGCUGGAAAAUGGCCGCUCUGGUUAUCUCCUCGCCAGGUCAUGGUAGUGCCUGUUAAUCCAUCACUUGAAGAAUACGCCAGUAAGGUGUGUAAGCAGUUCGUGGAGGCGGGUUUCAUGGCGGAUGCAGACCUCGACUCUGGCUGCCUUCUGAACAAGAAAAUCCGCAAUGCUCAACUGGCUCAGUACAACUUCAUUUUGGUGGUCGGUGAGAAGGAGAAGAUGACUAACAGCGUCAAUGUGCGCACGAGGGACAACAAGGUCCACGGCGAGCUGACGGUGCCCGAGGUUCUGGCUCGGCUCUCUCUGCUCAAACAAUCACGCUGCAGGAACGCUGAGGAGGUGUUCUGAACAAAUAUAUGGGCCUGAAUCCAAUUCAGAUUGAGAGAAAAAAAAAAAGCCUCUUACCCCCCUCCCCAGUAACAGCUGUUGGGUAGAAGAGAGGGAUUUGAUUAGGGGUGUUACGGGUGUCAUGGUUUCAUGGUUAGUCACUGUGUAUGAUUGGACUCUUGCCUCAUUGUUGGCUGCAUUUCCAUUUAUUACGGCCUACGGUGGUGAUUUUUUUUUUUUCCACCCCAAUCAAGUACAUUUCUUUAAUCUAGUAGUUUUCGUUGUUGGUGUCCACCUUUUGUGCAACAACACUAAAAUUUCACCAACCUCUGUUUCUUAGUGUAGAGAACACUGCUGUAAUGAAAACACACUCCAGCUGUGUUUAAACUGCAGUUGUUCUAAACAUAUUUCAGUGCUACUUCUGCUCUCGACUCUCCUUUUUCCCCCAGUUCAUAACCACGACGACACGAUAAAUACCGACAGUGACCAAGAAGUCAUUUCUCAACAAUGUUUUUCUAAGAAUGAAGAACAAUUACUCGAUUUGAUUUGAUUAAUAUUCCAAAAGCAUGAUAUUGUUCGAUGAGGUGAUUAUACUGUGGACAUUUCAAACUGUAACACCCCUAAGGCUGAUUAUUAAACACUACUAAACACUAUUUCCUAAGGGGAAGGAAUAUGAGGACACGAAAAAAGGCUUUAUCUUUAGAUUGGGAUCAGGUCAUCAGGCAUAAAGGACAAAACUAGGACAACUGUAAUAGGAAAUACAGCAGCAGCAGUUCUAGAAAGUGGGAUGGGAUGAUGGACCGAGUUCAACAAAGAGGAAAACAGAUGGAACUGUGAACGUAAAUGAAAUUUCUGUUCGUGCGAUCGAAGUGUGUUUUUUUUUUUUUUUUUUUUCAGUGCGUCGUCUGAAAUCCAAACAGUUCUGUAGACACGUGGGAAGCAGUUGGUAGAGGUGACAUUUGGCUUGAACACUUGUCAAAAUGAUUUUCUGUAUUCACAAGGUGUCAUUGCAGAGAGGGUUUUUUGUUUUGUUUUUAAAUGGGGUCAGUUGGACUGAAUGUAAGAACGCAGACGGUAAAUUUCACCCAGAAUGUUAUGUUUUUGUAUUGUCUGAUAUGUGAUGAUGGGAAAAGGUGAAGUAAAUCUGUGAUGACUGCUGGAAUAAUGAAGAAUAAACCAUUUUCAGAGA